UGAAGCCAGCGUCCAAAUCAAGUUUUUCCCCUUUCAGUACAAAUCAAAAUACUGCUACAUAAACUUCUCCACUACCUUCAACCAUAUCAAUCAACACCCAAUUGAAAUCAAAACCCACCCACCAAUCCAAACCUCUCAAAAUCCUUGCAUGUUCACAAACUUCCCUUUCGGUGUGUUUUUGCAGCUGGAAAAUGACGAGGGCGAAGAUAAAGAUAAAGAAAAUCGACAACAUAACCGCGAGGCAAGUAACAUUUUCUAAGAGAAGGCGAGGGUUGUUCAAGAAAGCUGAAGAGCUUUCUGUGCUUUGUGAUGCUGAUGUUGGUCUCAUAGUUUUCUCAUCUACAGGGAAACUCUUUGAUUAUAGCAGUUCCAGUAUGAAUGGCAUAAUUACCAAGUAUAAUUCGCAUUCCCCUGGCAUUGACAAAUUGGACAGGCCAUCACUAGAAAUGCAGCUAGAGACUACCUCCAAAUUGAGUAAGGAAGUUGCAGAGAGAACCCAAGAACUAAGUUGGAUGAAAGGUGAUAAUCUUCAAGGACUAGGCCUAGAUGAGUUGCAGCAACUGGAGAAAAAACUUGAAAGUGGACUCGACCGUGUGAUUGAGAUAAAGGAAAAGCAGAUGAUGGGUCAGAUUUCAGAACUUCAGAAAAAGGGAAUCGUGUUGGAAGAAGAGAACAAGCAUUUAAAGAAAAAGCUGGCGGAGACGGAGAUGGAGGCUAUGGCUAUGGUGCGUAAAACAAAAAUGCAUUUUUUGAUGGAGUCAAAUAUGGGAAUGCAAGAAGAAGGUGUUUCAUUAGAGUCUACAAACAACGUUAGCAGUUGCAUCAGUGACCCUCCUGUUGAAGAUGGUUCCUCGGACACGUCUCUCAAGUUAGGGUUACCCUUCUCUAACUGA